CUGCCUAGGUACCUACGCUAGGCGGGCACAAGCCAAUCAGACCAGCCUGUCAAACUGGCACAACGUGGGCAUGUGCGUAGCAGGAUAAGACGGUAACCCCUCCCCCUCCUUUUCCUUGCCGCUUCUUCCCACCUCCUGGCCUGUGAAGGGAGAAGAAGUCUUUAAUGGGCACAGUCUCACGGUCUCUUCGUCACGUCGCCCUCGAUCCGACAACCCCUAUCAGCUUAUUUAUUGCCUUCUGUGCCUCGGGCGCUGCCUCCCACCACCACUCUCUUCUCCAAGUCCCCCUGAUAACCAACCCCCUACGAAUCCCCCCUCCUCGCCACUGGUUUGGUACCGUAGUCCUCCCUCCCGUCCUCUGCAGUCUCUCCCACCGCAUCAGCGCCAGCCAUAUACAUACAUAUCCAUUGCGUACCAUCGCGAACCAUCCUAGAAGGGAGUUCGAAAAAUGGCCGUUCUCAAGCCCCUCCCUGCUCUCUGGGGCCUGCUGUUCCUGUGGGCAUUCGCGAGCCCCGCCCUCGCAUUCGGCGCUGGUAACAUUGCCGGCAUCUCCAAAAUUGAGGGCCAGAACUGGCGACAUGGCGACAUCGAAGAUACCCUCCUGUCCAUUCUGAUGGCUCGAGCCGUCGGCGGCAAGAAAUUUGACAAGCUGAUGGUCUCCCGCGUCUACUUUGGAAACUGGCUUCGAGACUACUCUCAGGCCAUCGACGUGGGUACGGUCAAGAACGUCUCGGCCGAAGCCAUCCGACUGCUUCUCUGCAUCCUCGGCUUCCUGAGCUUCGGUUACGGCUCCAAGGAAUUCGAAGUCACUGCGGACCGCCUCGGCUGCUACCGACCCGAAGACCACAUUGACAACCCCAAGAACUACGCCGACAACGAAGAUGCGCGCCAGUACUACGAGAAGCUACGCGGCCCCGUUGACGAGGCCGUCGAACUUGCCAUCGACCCCGAGACUGGGUUGAAGAACUAUAUUGCCAACGAGCGUGCCGGCAUCAUGAAUUCUGCACUCCACGUCAGAAACCUCUUCGGCCGGUGCAUCGAGCUCGGGCGAUCAUACAAGCAGAACAACAGGAAGGCUGACCUCCACGAAGCCCUGCGACUGCUUGGCACCGGACUUCACUGCCUCGAAGACUUCUUCGCCCAUAGUAACUACACAGAGCUCGCACUCAUCGAACUAGGAGAGCGCGACGUUUUCCCCCACGUCGGUCGGAAUACUCAAAUUGAGAUCCCUGGCGCUAGAGGCAGUGUCUAUCCCUGCGUUACCGGCACCUUUGGUGGCGUUGACUUCCUGCACUCUGUUACCGGUGAAGUCUCGGAUAAGUUGACGCAGAGCGAGAUCCAAGAGCUCGAGGGAACCCUAGAGCAAAACUCCAAAAAUGACACCAGCAUCCUGGAGGGACUCUUGGAUAAGAUUCCCGACGGCAUUUUCGGUGGGGACAAGAAGCAGAAACUGGAAGAGAUCCAAAGCAAUGCUACCAACUCUCAACUGCAGAAUACGUCGAUCUCGCCGAGGGAGCCGGAAGAGUUCACGCAAUACAUUCAGCAAGUUUUCGGGCAGAUCAUGCCUGCUAUCGAGUUUCACGACGAAAUCAUGAAGGGCCUCAGCAAGGCCAUCGAUCAGCUGCCCGUCCUCCCCCAGAUUAUCGAACAACUUGAGGAGCAAUUGUCAAUGUGGGUGUUCGCAAUCAUGGCGCCCUUUGUGGUUCCCAUUAUCCAGCAGAUCAAGAACGAGCUUCGUACCGGAUCUUCCGAAAUCAUCGAUAGCAGCAAGAACGAGCAGCACGUCGUCUUUGAGGACGACGAUUGCACCGACCCCACGCACUCUAUGCUCUCCAAGGACCAUUUCACCAACAUCCUAAACGAAGUCGCGGGUAAAACUGCCAGCAAGGUCGUCGGCUGGGUUGUCCCGCAGAUCAUGGAAGCCUGGGAUGACGAUGGUAUCGAUAUCGACCGCACGAUGAGCCGAAUCGUCAACGGCAUCCUGCACCACCCAGCUCAGCGCGAUCAGGGCGAGGAUGGAGCUCGGGAUGGCCGUCAAAUCAUCUUCCGUUCCGUCGAGGAAUGGUGGGAUCAGAUUGACGAGGGUGCCAAGGACGAGUACCGCCGAAAGCUUUCCCGUGAGGGCGUCGAGAACGGCGAGAAUCAUAGAGAAGGCGUUCACGACUCCGGCCACGGUUGCGGCAAGCCCCUCGGCAUGCACAAAAACUUCGCCAAGGGCGGAACUAUGGAAGACCGUAUCGCAAGUGCCGCCGCGGGCGCUAUCGUCGGAGGUGUCACGAGCGGGAUCGCCGACUUUGUCAAGACCCAAUCUGGCGGACAAAUUAACUUGCCUACGAUAGGAGGACGUGAAGAAUCUAGUAGCUCCGGCGGCGGCGGCCUCUUAGGUGCCAUCAGUAGUUCUCUUCUCGGCGGGGCAUUUAAGAGCGACGAGACGGAGUCGUACAGGAGCAGGAGCCAAGCAGACGAUGGGUCGUACUCCGAGAGCCAGACCGAGUACGGGCGUUCUGGAGACCGCCACGGCCAGGCCGAAUACUCGGAGCGCCAGUACCCGGGAGGCGGCGAGUCCCGAGAAUACAGCGGCUACGUGCAGCAGGAUAGCGGCCGAAGCUACGGUUAUCAAGAACGAACCGAAAUCCGCCCGACCUACGGCGGCGGCUACGAGGAGCGCACUGAGCGCCGGUACGAGAGCAACACCGACAGCUACGAAGAGUCCAGCGGGCGGGACCGGCGUAGGGGAUCCGACGAUGACGACGACGACAGCUCCAGCCGACGUCGGGGGAGCCACGAACGCCAUCGCGACCACGACAGCGGAAGAGAGGAGCAUCGGAGACGUUACGACGAAGAGAGAUCUAGCAGCUCUCACAGCGGAGACCGUCAUGGACGUCGCUACGAGAGCUCGCACGGUUCCGGUAGCAACGAACGCGACGAGGGCUCGGGAUACGGCCGCUCCGGCGGUUACGGCCGCGAUGAGAGUUCAGCAUAUGGCCGCCCGGGCGGCUAUUAUCGCGAGGAGAGCUCUGGAUAUGGACGCUCGGAUAAUUAUGACCGUGACGAGAGCUCGGGGUAUGGCCGCUCGGGCGGGUACGAUCGUGAUGAGGGGUAUGUGUAUAGGGACGGCGACGAGCGCCGCGCUGACGGUAGUAGAUACGGCUUCUAAUGGGUUCGGUCGGGUUAGACGCUAUUUGGCGCGUAUAGCUGUCGGUCGGAUGGGAUGCUUGGAGGUGUCGUGGGAUGGGUAG